UAAUAAUGGUAGUAUACUAGUUUAGUAGUAAUAACAAAACGAGUUCGUUCCCACAUAACAGAAAAACAAACAAUGAUGAAGAAGGAGGAGGAAUCCGGUGGCGGAACCAGAGAGAAGAACGCUGCUUCUGCUGGUGGCGGAACCAGAGAGAAGAACGCUGCUUCUGCUGGUGGCGGCGGUCGUUACGUCGACACUUCCAAGGCGGUCAAUCCUAUUUGGUUGAUGAAAUGUCCGCCAGUUGUCGCUCAAUCCUUGCGAGCCCUACCAUCCUCCUCCGAUCCUUCUCUUCCCGGUGCUAAAGUCAUCGUCUCCGUCGAUCCUCUAAAACCCGAAGAUUAUCCAUCUGAGUUUACAAUGGAGUUGGGCGGAGGUGAAGGUAAUGCAUCAAGAUGUUUUGCUAUGGACAUGUCUAAAGACUUCAUGCCUAUGUCUGUCUUUUCUGACUCAACACAAGGAAAAGUAUCUGUGGAGGGGAAAAUAGUGAGCAAGAUUGACAUGAGGUCGAAUAAUCAAAAUCUUGAUGUCUAUGGGAAAAUCUGCCGUGAAAGAACAAAGAAAUAUAUGGUCAAAAAUAGACAGAUACAGGUCAUUGACAAUGAUAAAGGAGUUCAUAUGAGGCCAAUGCCAGGGAUGAUCAGUUUUUCAGUUGCAGGACCUGUCACUGAAAAGAAGAAAGCACCAGCACGAGGAACAGAGACGAAGAGAACUAGAAGAGACCGUGGAGAAAUGGAAGAAAUCAUAUUUAAGCUAUUUGAAAGGCAGCCAAAUUGGAGUUUAAGAAACCUCAUACAAGAAACCGACCAACCUGAACAAUUUCUGAAAGAUAUACUGAAAGAUCUUUGUGUCUACAAUAACAAAGGAACUAAUCAAGGCACCUAUGAACUGAAGCCUGAAUACAGAAAAGCUGGUGAUUAGCUUCAAAUACUAAUGCUCAUUUCCCUCUCUUCAUCCUCACCUAGUAUAGAAUAAUUCAAAUCAUUCGUUUUUUUCAUUUUCUUCCGACCGGGCUGCAAAAUGGAGCAGCAUGCAUUUUGUUAGUCUAUUGAUUUUGUUAUUUUACUAACUUUUGUUUUCAA